GCAACGUGCGUGGUUCUCGUAUCGCGUAUCGCACACCAACAUCGCAACCAACGCGACGAUCGCAAUUGUAAUAUUUAACCGCACAUAAACCGCAACAUAGGUUUAAUUUCAUAAAGGAUAAAGACUUAUGCAUUAAUUGUAUGCGUCCAGGUCAUUCAGUUGGUACUUGUCUUUUUGGUCCGUGUCGAACGUGUGAACAAAAACACAAUAGUUUACUUUGUGAUGCAAUUAAAUUAUCACCAAUUAAACAAAAUACAGUGACGUUAACUGCGUACGAGCACCCCUCGCUCACUAAUACGCAUCCCGGUUCAGCAGAUAACGCACACAGCCUUACAAUGCAACUUCCAUGUACUAAUCACGCACAAACCGUUAUGCAUACAAAGGAUGACAAUUCUUCGCAACAGAUUGUCAUAUUAUCUACGGCGAUAGUCGAAGUAUGUAGUGAAUCGGGUGAGUAUUAUUGCGCACGCGCAGUUUUAGAUAGCGGAAGCGAGCGAUCUUUUAUAACACAAUCUUUAGCAAAUACAUUAAAUUUACGAAUAUUACAGUCCACUCAACAUAUUCACGGUGUAGGUAAUUUUAUUACGCAAUGUUCGCAAUCUUGUAACAUUGAAGUUAAAUCGCGCGACGGGAGCUUCACUGCCCGUUUUCAAUGUUUGAUUUUGCCCCAAAUUACAUCAAAAUUGCCUACAACUACGUUUAAUUUUAACCAAUUUAAUAUUCCUCAUAAUUUAUUGUUAGCUGAUCCCAGUUUUUAUGAAAGUCAACAUAUUGAUUUACUGAUCGGUGCUGAUUUAUUUUGGGAAUUAAUUACCGAAGGAAAAAUGCGCCUUAAAAAUGGUCCUUUCCUUCAAAACACCAAACUAGGUUGGAAAGUGUCAGGUGCAAUUAAAUCUUUUCCGUAUACUAGUAAUAAAAAUUUAACGCAUAUUAAUUGUAAUUAUUCUUCAUUAUCCACAGAAGAUGAUUCACUCGAUAACUUAGUUAGGAACUUUUGGGAAUUGGAAGAAAUCUCCGCACCUAGCAAUGAAUUACAGCAAUUAUCUAGCGAAGAUAUUGCUUGUGAGGAACAUUUUAUUCGCACAACACGUCGACUUUCCGAUGGUCGUUUCUGUGUUUCAAUUCCGUUGAAACAAUCACCUGAGUUAUUAGGUAACACACGUGCUCAAGCUGAACGUCGUUUUUACACGUUAGAGAAACGUCUUCAGCAAAAUACUAAUUAUAAGAAGAUGUAUUCUGAUUUUAUACAGGAAUAUAUUAAUUUAGGUCAUAUGAGUCUCGUCAAUACGUAUGGGAAUCCGCACUAUUUCCUACCGCAUCAUGGUGUGUUUAGGGAGCACGCCACCACAACUAAAUUACGCGUAGUUUUUGAUGCGAGUAUGAAGUCUAGUUCCGGCGUAUCAUUAAACGACAUACAAAUGAUUGGACCUGCUAUUCAAGGCAAUUGCAUAUUGCUGAAGAUCAGCGUGACUUGCAGCUGAUCUUGUGGCGGGAUGACCCCUCAGAGCCGCUGAGGGUAUACCGACUCAAUACCGUGACGUACGGAACGGCAUCCGCACCAUAUCUAAGUUGUAGGUGUUUAAAGGAAUUAGCCAAACAAUCGAAUAUUCCGUAUGUAGCCGAUACUAUAAAUAAUUGUUUUUACGUUGACGAUGUCAUUGUUUCAUCGAAUUCUAUAUCGGAAUUAGAAAAUAUUUGUAAAGAAACUAGUAGUCUUUUAGAUUCAGCAUGUAUUAAAUUACGAAAAUGGAUUUUUAGUCAGAAUUUAAAUUUAAUAACGCCUAGCGUAAACGAAUCGCAAACGAACGAUCUAUGUUUACUUAAUAAAACUUGUAAUAACAAAACUUUAGGUAUCGGAUGGAACAGUCUCGAUGAUUAUAUUUAUUAUUUCACUCAAAUUGUACAAAAAAGUGAAGUAGUGACAAAACGUAUUAUUUUGUCGUGUGCUUCUCAAAUAUAUGAUCCGUUAGGGUUAUUAAGUCCGGUUAUUACUAUCGCA